UGUGAGUAGUUCAGCUUUGUCUGGGUUAUGCAUUGUCAUGUUUUUCUGCCUGAAACUCAUGCUCUGAAUAAUGUGGAUUUCUCCUUGCCUCUUCUUGUAGGCUGGUUGGACUCCUUUGCACAUUGCUGCUUCAGCAGGCCGUGAUGAAAUUGUAAAAGCCCUCAUUGCUAAGGGUGCUCAUGUAAAUGCUGUCAAUCAGAAUGGCUGCACGCCCCUGCAUUAUGCAGCUUCCAAAAAUAAGCAGGAGAUUGCAAUCAUGCUUCUGGAGAAUGGAGCAGAUCCAGAUGCAGCAGAUCAUUUUGAAUCCACCCCGUUACACAGAGCAGCAGCCAAAGGAAACCUAAAAAUGGUACAGAUCCUUGUGCAGCACAAUGCAACUGUGGAUAUGCGGGACUCUGAAGGGAAUACUCCUCUUCAUUUAGCCUGCGAUGAAGAGAGAGUGGAGGAGGCAAAGCUGCUGGUGUCUCAUGGUGCAAGUAUUCACAUUGAGAAUAAAGAAGAGCUGACCCCACUGAAAGUGGCAAAAGGUGGCCUGGGAGCCAUCCUUAAAAAAAUGGUGGAAGGCUAGAGGGCACUUGUGUCUCUCUCCUGUUGCAUUUCUGCUUAAGACUGGAAACUUUGUAUUUUGAUAGUUCAACUAGGAUGUCAUGUAUGGUAUCAGCAUGGUAAUAAAAUGCUUUUAUUGAAGCUGUC